AUGGCUCCACUUUCCUGCCAGGGCCCGGGUCUCCUGACGGCCCUGCACAGAGCUGCCAUGGUGGGGAACAGUGAGGCCAUGGCUGCUCUGAUUCGGGGAGGCUGUGCUGUGGACCUGCAGGGCAGAGACGGCAACACUGCGCUGCAUGAGGUGUCUUGGCACGGAUUCUCUCACUGUGUCAAACUGCUGGUCAAGUCUGGAGCCGAUGUCCACAUCAGGAACAAGGCAGGAAACACAGCACUCCACCUGGCCUGUCAGAACGCUCAUGCUCAGACUGCUCGCCUCCUGCUGCUGGGAGAAUCCACACCAGACACCAAGAACUAUAUGGGUGACAGCUGUUUGCAUGUGGCUGCUCGCUACGACAACCUGACCCUGGUGAAGAUCCUGCUGGGUUCUCUGUGCUCCGUGACAGAGAGGAACCAGGCAGGAGACACAGCUCUCCAUGUGGCUGCUGCUCUGAACCAUAAGAGGACAGUUCAGCUCUUAUUGGAGGCGGGGACUGAUGGGACAAUCAGAAACAAUUCAGGUAAAACGGCCCUUGACAAGGCCAGAGAUAACAACCACAAGGACAUGGCCCAUCUCCUGGCCAGAGCUCCACAGGUACAUCGCUUCAUGCGAGGAAGAACCGUAAGGAAACAAAGAGAGAGACUGACAGCUGAGCCCAGGACCCAGACUGUCACCAGAGUAGAAAUUCUUCCAAACAAAGACAGCAGUUCUGCGGUGGAGGAGGACACCCCCUGCAGUGAACGAAUGGAGAGCAGAACUGCCUUCAAGGUGGGUCGUAGUAACCAGCAGCAGCAGCAAAGGCAGCGACUGUAUUGCCACAAGAGCCCUGCCGCCAUCAGCAGUCUGUACAGCCGCCGAAAGCGGAGGAGGGUCAGGGAGCAUACUCUGAAUGAAAAUGAUGAAAGAAAAGGCGAGAAUGAGUUCCACCUUAAGAGGAAUCUGCUAUGGGAAGAUGGUGAAGAUUCCCUUCAGAAUGGAAAAACCUAUCAGCUCUACACACUGUACCGCGACAAGGAGGGCAACAUUAGACAGGCACCUGCCAACGGAUGCCUCUGUAAGCCCCUGCUCAAGAAGCUGGAGGGCCAACUGAAGGCCACGCAGGAGGAGAUGAGGAUGCAUGUCCUGAACGUGCAGGAGCAGGUCAACAGCAGACUGGGCAAAAUGGACCACAGGAACAGACACCAGAUUAAAGUGUUGGACGUGCUGAGUCAGGAAAAAGCAGCGGCAGAAAGGAAGUACAUGGUUUACAAGAUGGAGCAGCGAGCUGCCCAGGAGAGAGAGGAGGCCCGGGUGACAAAGCAGGCAGCAGUGAGCUGUGAGCUGAAGAGGUGGUGCAUGUCCCAGUUGAAGGACGGGGACAUCCACCUCCCAGCCAAAGCCCGGUAUUACAAACUCCUCCCCUCACAGUCUGUGGAGCAGUCCAUAGCAGAAGCUGACCUGGAGUCACUACCCCUGCUGUCUGUGGUGUCCGACAGCAGCACCUCACUGGCUACCUACGUCAACAUCCUGCCAUGCCCAUCCACCCACAGCCUGGGAGACCCGGAGCAGAUGUGGGGCAGGACAUACUUUGAAAUGAAAGUGGACAGGUCACCAGAUGACUAUGAGAACACAGCCCUGUUUCGUAUGCCUGCCAACCACACCUCAGACCUCCUGCUGGACUCUGUUGACCCCCUCUGGCAGCCUCAGGGAGUACAGGACAGUCCAAUAGGAGCAGUGAUGUCCCGGUGUGGUGAGGGCUUCUCAAGCAGCAGCAACAGCCAGUCCAGCAUCAGCCCCCAGGGGCCCAGCCUGAUCCAACAUCAGGACCACCGCUGUGACAGGCUGGGCAGGAGACACUUUGGAGAGCUGAUGAGUGCGUGCAGGUGUGUAGGGAUUCACACUGAGGGCACCAGAACACUAGAGUUCUUCAUCGACCGUCCCGCUGAGCCCACCUUCAUCCAGGAGAGGAACAGUCAUCACGCUAUGGAGGUGACUCAGCGUUUCUUUGACACGGUGUCAACUCAGUUGGAACGUUGGUACGAGAGGAAGAUUGCGGAGGUGGAGCAGCAGACGGAGCUCAGAGCCCGGCUGGACAAGAAGGAGCUGCUGCAGCAAAUAAGCACGCUGGAGGAGGAGCUUCAGAGGCUGAAGACCAAUGAGAAUGAAGAAAGCUGA